GGGUGCAAAUCAUUGUAAACAGCGCAGUAUUUAUGGAUGUCCAUUAAAACUGGGUGAACUUUGCCCACCACCCCGUCUCCCCACAGCUCAUGUGCGGACGUGCGCUUCCUCCGCCGCGCCUCCUCCGUCAUCCCAUUUAUCACUGGAGCAGGAACAGACGCAACUUUUCCUUUCAAAGAAGCGCCGGAGGAGAAGCCGAGCGGUUUGGCAGCGAACACACAGUCAGUGUGGAGGGGAGGUUGAUGGAGCGAGCUGCUGUCUGCGCUACUAGGAUUGUCUGUGGAAAAAAGAAAAAAAUCUUUUGUUUUCUUAAAUAGCUCAAGAAAGUCGCGCAAGCUUCUGCAACGUUUCCUGGUGAAGAUGUGCUUCUCUUACCAAAGAAGAUUCAGCCUGUUCAAAAGUCCACACAAAACAGCUUAGUUGAGGAAGGCGGUCACUGGAACCAUGAGCCUGAAAGUGUCAGCAUUUUUUACCAAACUUGUUGGGUGACAUUGCUCUCAAAUACAAGUUUCUCAAAACCAAAAUAAGAGUGCCUGGUAAGACAUGGGGGACUUAAACAUCUCCCACAUGGCAGCAGCUUCUACAGAGAUGCACGAGAGUCUGUCAGAGGGAAAGACGGAUCAUUACAUGGACAGCUAUGACAUGGACUAUGGCAUUCCCCCUGAUGAGAUCCCAGACACCACGCAAGGUCAGGCCUUCUUUGUGGCCACCAUUGUGAUCGGCGUGGUCCUUGUCUGCAUCAUGCUUGUUUGUGGGUUGGGAAACUUUAUAUUCAUUGCCACGCUGACACGCUACAAGAAGCUCCGCAAUCUCACCAACCUGCUAAUCGCUAAUCUGGCCAUCUCAGACUUUAUUGUGGCGGUUGUGUGCUGCCCGUUCCUGGUGGACUACUAUGUGGUAAAACAGCUUUCCUGGGAUCACGGAUUGGUGCUGUGCGCCUCUGUGAACUACCUCCGGACUGUGUCGCUCUACGUGUCCACAAACGCAUUGCUUGCCAUUGCAGUUGACAGGUACAUGGCCAUAGUCCAUCCUCUGAGGCCUCGUAUGAAGUAUCAAACUGCGUACUGCUUGAUAACGGGCGUCUGGAUUGUUCCCAUUCUGAUAUCAAUCCCGUCUGCCUACUUUGCUUCUGAGACCAUGUACCCUCAUGGUGGCAGCACCCCAACCACUCACAAAAUCUUCUGUGCCCAGAUAUGGCCUGUGGACCAGCAAGCCUACUAUCGCUCCUAUUUCCUGUUUAUUUUUGCAGUAGAGUUUGUUGGGCCUGUCAUCGUCAUGGCAAUGUGUUACGCCCAAAUUUCCCGUGAGCUCUGGUUCAAAAGUGUCCCAGGUUUCCAGACGGAGCAGAUAAGGAAGAGGCUGCGUUGUCGUCGGAAGACGGUGAUGGUCCUGAUUGGGAUCUUGACAGCGUACAUCCUGUGCUGGGCACCAUACUACGGCUUUACCAUCCUGCGAGAUUUCCAUCCAACACUCAUCUCCCGCCAGAAGAACUCUUUGGUGGCCUUCUACAUUAUUGAGUGCAUCGCCAUGAGCAACAGCAUGAUUAAUACCUUCUGUUUUGUCAGCGUCAAGAACAAUACAGUUAAGUACCUGAAGAAGAUUGUCCUGCUGCGAUGGAGGUCAACAUACGCCCCAAGUAAGACUGUGGAUGAAAUGGAUAUGAGGACCUCUUGCGUGCCUGUAACAGAGGAGAUCGAAUGCAUUCACUUGAGAUGAAAAGAAGGAACUGUAUUCUAACAGUCACUGAGAUCUGGACUGUUGAUAUGCAAAGUCUGCAUAGGUGGCAUUUCUCGUGCACAUUCUUGAUAGAGGUUCAAGCCUCAUGAAGUGCAAGAAGAAUUCAAACAACAGUACACUGACUAAAUGAAAACAUAUUGCAUACAAUUUCUAGUCAGGGGUACACACAGUAUUUGUUUAUUAUUCUAAGUAUUAUGAGAAUGUGAUUGUUGUGCCAUUCAUACUGUGGUUAUAAAUUGUCCAUUGUAAAAUGUUGUUUCAUCUGUAUAAACUGUAAUACAUGUAAGACUUGCUAAUAGUAGCCUCUACUGCCCUUACUGAUCAGUAAUGAUAUGUUUUGUCUUGCUUGUGUUUACUUUCAUUUAACUGGUUCUCAGAAAGGUAAAAGAAAAACUGUUGAGACCAAGUUAAAAUUUUAAUUUGUGUGUGUGUUUUUUUGUUUUUGUUUUUACUUUUUUCAUGUUAUGUCUCUAUUUAAGUGCUAAUUCUUUCAAUAACUGGUAUUCUGACAAGGACAUAUCCCAUGUCUUUUGAAUGUAUUGAAAAAAAUCUUGGUUAUUUGUCUUUGUAACUAAUAAAUAUAUUGCAUGUUAUCUCUGUAAAUCAAUUCCUUUUACAUGUGCUUGUGCUAAUAAACAGAGACACUGGAAACAAAGCCUUCUUUAUUUUUGAAGCCCUUUUUCUUGUUUUAAGGUCACCUAUAAUAUCUAUGUACUUAUUUCUGAACAGGAGUACAG